AUGUCAUUCUUUAAUUAUUUAGAGGGAGAAGACCUUUUACCAAAUGAAAAUGAGAUUUUAUCACAGCCCAUGGAAACAGAAUCAAGUAUGAAAGAAUCAGAAGAUCAAGAACAAUUACCAUUACCAUUAUUAGAAGAAAGUGAAGAAGGAGAUGUUUUGUUUUUUGAGGAAAAUAAUGGAGAGAGAAAAAAGAAAAAAAUCAAUAUUUCAAAUCCU